AUGGGUUGCCACAUUGAAGAAUAUUCAGAGCAUGUUCUAUGCUAUAUAGGAGAAACAAAGGGACUGUAUGGAGUCGGAUUUCUGAUAAAAAAGGCAUGGAAAAAUAAUAUUACUAACUUUACUGGCAUUUCGGAGCGAGUAGCAUUACUACAAAUGCAAUUUGGCAGAGUAAACAUUUCAAUAAUUCAGGCAUACGCACCCACGGAAAGAUCAAAUGACACAGAUAUUGAAAAUUUUUAUAGUGAUUUGAAAAAAGCCCACACACUAGCCGACGAAAAAGUCAUAGUAUUAGGAGAUUUCAAUGCAAAAAUAGGACAACCCAAAAACGACGAAAAACUCGUCUUGGGACAGUAUGGCCUAGGCCAAAGAAAUGAAAGAGGUGAACAACUGCUAGAAUAUGCAUUCGAAUACGGAUUAGCAAUAAUUAACACUUAUUUUAAGAAAAGACCUAGCAGAAGAUGGACUUGGAAGUCACCAGAUGAAAGUGUUAAAAACGAAAUCGAUUACAUCAUGACAAACGUCCCUAAAAUAGUGCAAAAUUUUGAAGUUCUCAGCAACGUAAAGUUUCGAACAGACCACAGACUACUUAGAGAAACGGUCCUACUAAGUAAAUCGAAAAAAAAUAGAAAAGGCUUUAAACCACCGCCUAAAAUCCCUAAAACAGAAGAGGAAACCAAGUACUACAUAGAUAGCCUCAGAUUGAAUAUCGAUAACAAACUAGUAGACACCAGUAACGUUCAAUCUUACUAUGAUGUGCUGGAAGUAGCUAUAGCCAAAAGUUUAACUAGCCAGAACAAUCCAAAAAAAGAAAAACGGCAUAAUAUAAUUAGCGAAGAAACUUUAGCACUAAUUAACAAACGCAGUGAACUAAGUAGAAUUAAGAAGAAAGAUGCUAAUACAAAGAAAGAAUUAAGCAAACUAUUUAAGGAAACCAGCAGAGCGACCAAAGGGGACUAUAGUAAACACAGACAAAAGAUAAUAACGGAAAAUCUUAACAAAUUCAGAAGUACCAAGAGAGCAUUUAAAGAAUUAAACUUAAAGAAACCCUGGAUACAAAAACUAGAAGGACAACACAAUAACACCCAAACAAGACUCGAAAUUAUACAACAGGCAACUGCUUUCUACCAAGAUCUAUACAGAAAUAAAGACAAAACCAUCGAAGAAGACAACGAAGCACAUUUUUGCAAUAACACAGAAACUAUUAGGCCGAUAGAAGAAAAAUGUGUAUAUGACCAGUUGAAACAAUUAAAAUCAGACAAAAGUCCUGGUCCCGAUGGAAUAUCUAAUGAAGCAUUGAAACUAGGCCAUGUAUCAAGAUACACAGACAACAGGUGGACAAUCAAAACUACAAAGUGGAAAGGACCAGUCGGCAAAAGAAAGGCAGGAAGACCAAAAAGAAGAUGGGCUGACGAUAUAACCGAACUUACUGGAAAGGACUGGUUAGCAAUCGGCAGGGAUAGAGAUGAGUGGAAGGGGCUGGAGGAGGCCUUCACCCGAGGAGGGGUCCAUACCCAAUAA